AUGCCACUCGUCCGGCUUCUAGAGGCGGAGCUUUUGCUUUAUUUUUCCGCAGGUCAAAUGGACACCGAAAAAGUCGAGGAGAUCUUCAAAGAGCUCUCGUAUCUUUCGACCACGAACUCUUUGAACCCAGGGUCCUCAACAGCGCUUACACGGGUCAAGUACAAUGAUCUACACGUGGAUUACCAGCAUAUUUUAUCUUCCAAAGCAAAGCGCUUGCGGCUAGUGGACGUCCUCACGAAAAAGAUCAACAUUCUUUCGUUGCUUCCCGAUUCCAGCGGCGGCGACCACGUGAGAGCCCACGUUCAACGCAAGAUCCUUGUAUACUUCUUACUCUGUGACUCUGACUACAGGAAAAAAGGCGUUUUGAAGUACUUGGUCGAUGAGGGGGUACUGGGACCAGCAAUGUCGCCGGAAAUUGCUUCUUUCUGGUCCUGCCAAGAUAAGCUUGUGCACAUGGAGGAGUUUGAGAAAUUGAUCCGCCACUUGAAGGUGUGCUUCUACCCCAUCCGUGUGAUUGAUCAACGGCACGGACACACGCUAUUGGAGAACCACUUGGACUUCUGCCUAAGUAAGCUUCCCCGCUACUACAGCACGAUAAGCCUUCCGCGUAUCCAGCGUUUGCUUCUUGGGUCAGAGAGCAGGGUCGACAUAGAAGACGUGCUUUUCAAAAUGGUCACUUGCAACAAAUUCGCGCAUGAGGUCACCAUCAACCAGAUAUCCGGGUAUGUGUAUUUUGGCGAGAAGUGCCAGAAGUAUGGCGAGUUCGACACCCACGUGAAAAAAGUGUGUGAUGCCGUGGACCUUAUAACGGGCCUCCAGGCCACCGCAGAGAAGUAG